UACGAACGCUUUUAUGCAUUCCCUCCGAAAAACCAGAAAGGGGGAAUCCGAAAAAAGCGAUUUUUCACUCUCCGUUUGCGCAACAACUCGAAUCUCUUCUCCAUUUUGUGAACGAACCAUUUGCAAAAUUUCAUAGCCGUGUGUGUGGUUUUCGUGGCCAUCGAAUACAAUUCCGUCUCUCUGAUCAGUCGCUUUUUUCCUUCCCUUUUCUUUAUGGACCGAAUUCGUGGUUCCACUUCAGUGGAAUCAAUAAUCGGAUUCACGCCUUCUCCUUCUCUAUAUAAGCGCUCUGGGCACGACAGGGAUUAUCACUCUGAGAUCGCCUGCGCAAGAACCGGAUUAUUGGACUUUUGCUUAUCUUUUUCGAUUCAGUGUCGAAGUUUCUACAACCACCUUUGAUCCAAGAUGGGUUACCUGAGCAAGAACCAAGUUGAAAGUAUUCAGGAGACUGAUGUUGGAGCAGUAGUACGCAGUGGUAGAGAAAUUCUAUUGCAGGCUUUCAACUGGGAGUCUCAUAAACAUGAUUGGUGGAGAAAUUUAGAGAGCAAGGUUCCUGAUAUUGCAAAAUCCGGGUUUACAUCAGCAUGGUUACCUCCAGCAACUAAUUCCUUCGCACUUGAAGGAUACCUUCCUCAAAAUUUAUAUUCUCUCAAUUCAUCAUAUGGCUCUGAACAUCUCUUGAAAGCUUUACUUUACAAGAUGAAGCAAUACAAAGUUAGACCAAUGGCUGACAUAGUCAUCAAUCACCGUGUUGGGACUACCACAGGACAUGGAGGAAGGUAUAAUCGUUACGAUGGAAUUCCAUUAUCAUGGGAUGAACGUGCUGUUACGAGCUGUACUGGUGGUUUGGGUAAUCAAAGCACUGGGGACAAUUUUCAUGGUGUUCCGAAUAUUGAUCAUACCCAGCUGUUUGUUCGGAAAGACAUUAUUGGGUGGCUAAAAUGGCUUCGAGAUACAGUUGGCUUCCAAGAUUUCCGAUUUGAUUUUGCAAGAGGUUAUUCAGCACAAUAUGUGAAGGAAUACAUUGAGGGUGCAAAGCCUCUUUUUUCUGUUGGAGAAUGGUGGGAUUCUUGCAAUUACAAUGGUCACCACUUGGAGUACAACCAAGAUAGUCAUAGGCAACGGAUUAUCAAUUGGAUUAAUGGCACAGGGCAGCUUUCUACUGCAUUUGACUUCACAACUAAGGGAAUUCUUCAGGAAGCUGUAAAGGGAGAGCUCUGGCGUCUUCGUGACGCUCAAGGGAAUCCACCGGGAGUGAUGGGUUGGUGGCCUUCAAGGGCUGUCACUUUCUUAGAUAACCAUGAUACAGGCUCAACACAGGCUCAUUGGCCUUUUCCUUCAUACCAUGUUAUGGAGGGCUAUGCAUAUAUACUCACACAUCCAGGGAUACCAACAGUUUUUUACGAUCAUUUCUACGAUUGGGGUAACUCCAUUCACGACCAAAUAGUGAAGCUGAUGAACAUUCGAAAAGGUCAAGACAUUCACAGCCGAUCGUCUAUCAGGAUUUUUGAAGCCCAGCCGAAUCUCUACUCUGCUGUCAUUGGGGAUAAAGUUUGCAUGAAGAUCGGUGAUGGUUCCUGGUGCCCCGCCGGCAGGGAGUGGACUCUAGCGUCUUGCGGCCACAGAUACGCAGUUUGGCACAAAUAGUUUUGCUGAGAAAUCACUUAGUUGUAGUAUAAGAGCACAUGUUAUUUCCUCCUUGUUCGGGUGGUUUGGUUGAGUGCUUACUUUGAUAUAAGAAUAAACAUUUGUUUCGAAUGA